AUGAUGCGAUUCUCACGCCUAAUCUCGGUUAUUUUUUGUUUCGUCUUUUUCCCCAUCUUUGUCACCUUCCUUUCGGCUCUGACAUCAUCCCCGACCCUGACGACUCCCAGUUCGUUCGCUGGCCGAGCGACUGGCCUACAUGCCUUCUUCUCCUUCAAUGUCCCUUCGUCACUCUUCCCUCCCUCCGCCGUCAUCAGUCUCACUGAUGACAACUCCACCUUCUUCUUGGCUAGACCUGCAGCGUUUGGUCCUCUACUGCCUGAAAAGGGCCUGAGCGGCCAACUAUGGGUCGGCAGUGGUUUUGGUGAAAGGACCGCCGCGGGGGCGGAAGGAGAACUAGGCUGUUCGGAUAUUCCUGGCUGGGGCGAGGGGGAAACCCAUCAUCACAAGCAUGACAAGACCGCAACAAUUGCCGAUGGCAAGAUGGGGAAAACGAUUCCUGGCACGGGGUCUGAUCUCGUGACCCCUCCACCCAACGCUCAGCAGGAGUCCGAUUCGCAGCAAGAUACUAGCGAUGACUCUUCUCCUGCAACAAAUGAUGGCACGGAUGAUCACCUUCACCACCCUCUUUCGGAGUCCCAUGCGGUGGACGCGACUGCGUCGAAGCAGCAAAGGGGCAACCACCAAACCAGACAAACGGCGCACGCCGAUAUCCAGUCUCUGCAGGAAAGUGCAGAGAUUAGCGGCAAAGUUGUCCUGCUGAGCAGGGGCGGCUGUGGUUUCUUGGAAAAGGUUAAAUGGGUGCAACGCCGCGGUGGUAUUGCUUUGGUCGUGGGGGAUGACACCAGGGGAGGCAGUCUCGUUACUAUGUAUGCGCGAGGAGAUACAUCGAACGUGACAAUCCCCGCUUUGUUUACCUCGCACACAACAGCGCAGCUGCUAUCGUCCCUUGUUCCCUCGCAGGCCGGGGAAGAUUCGAUCCUCGAGGACGGCCCUGGCGUAUCCCGCCCACGGCUUAACAGCCACAGAACUGAAAAACAACGAUUGGAACCCACCGCCACUACGACUGCUGCCAUGUCGCCAACAUCUACUUCCUAUCCCGUAUCCGAAGAGUCCCUGGUUCCGGAAGUCCAUCAAGCAGGGCUCUUCCACAGCCUACUUUCUUUGUUUGGAUUGGGAAGGACUGCCCAUUCUGGACAUCUGUCAGAGGACAACCGGCGUCCUCCAAGUAGUGGAAAUAUUAACUGGAUCAUGCUGGACAAUUGGGACGAUCAAGAGGCGCCUCGGGAAGACUCUGACCGUAGGAAUAGCCGGACAGGGACAUCGGAAGACCACAAGAGGUCUGGGGUUGAAUCAGACACUGUGGAUGGGGAUGGAUUUGUUAUUGGGGUGCAAGAUUGGCGAGAUCCCGAUCUUGUGGCUCCGAGGAGCAGCGCCAUUGUUUCGCCCAGCAGUGUUCCGGAACGCACGAAGUUCCGUACUGCUACCACUGAAAGAGGCUCACGUUUCAUGAAGGGUGGUAGCAUUACACCCGGUAGUGGCGAGUACCGUACCUUCGAACGACCAAAUGCUGAAGAAAAGGGUUCUAAUGCUCUUGACAACUUGAAAUCAGAUGUUGAUGCCAAAAAGGGGACCCUAGUGCAGAGCAGGGGCUGGUUUGCGAGACAUUUCCCCUGGACGAAAGAUGAGAAGUUGAACUCUGGCCGACUUUCUACGCGUAACGUCCAAGGAGAACGAGAAGUCCGUGAUACAGCGCUUCCGCAAGGCCGUGAAGGCGUCAAGACCUCAGAGCACGAGGGUUUAUGGAUUACACUGACGCCAACGAGCAUGUCUACGAGUCCAUUUUUCGACACCCUCCUCGUCCUUGUCGUCAGUCCGCUGCUGACGUUGAUGAUUGUUUAUGCCCUUUUGUUACUGCGAUCUCGCAUUCGGCGAAGGCGCUGGCGAGCACCGAAAUCUCUCGUUGAUCGCCUUCCUGUAAGAACGUAUCACACCAUCAGCACAUCUAGCUCCAAUGCGAGUUCGCCGCGGUCUUCAAGUCCUGGUCCUGUUUCUCCAACUUCUCCUCUGUUGGGCACCGAUACUCACUCAAAAGGUGCAAGGGGGAGACGUCAGUCUAAAGGGUUAUUAGGUACUUUUGCAGAUUCGAAAGACUCCUCCAAGACAGAGUCGUCCCGCAGAGAAAAACAUGGCACGUCAUCUACGCUGUGGCGACGCAAGUAUACUGGACGGCAAGUUGAAUGUGUGGUUUGCCUUGAGGAAUACAUCGACGGACAGAGUAGGGUGAUGAGUUUGCCCUGUGGGCAUGAGUUCCAUGCCGAAUGCAUUACUCCGUGGCUUACGACUCGCCGACGAACCUGUCCCAUUUGCAAAGGAGAUGUCGUCCGAUCCUUGUCCCAGAAUAAAGCAACUGAGCAAAUAAACGACAAUGGGCAUGGCCAUGAACUCGGAUUCCAGCAUGGCGCGUCAUCUGCACCGGUCCCGAUAACCGCUGUCAGCGAAGAUGAGAUGUCGGACCCCGAGCGCCGUCCUGGGUCCGACUUUGAGCCUGCCGAUGAACAUGCUUCGUCAGCACCAACACCCAAUUGGAGGAACUAUGCAGCACUUAGUUUCUCGGCUCUUUCUGGGGAUACAAUUUGGCACCCGGGUCGGACGGACAACGAGAGAUAG